CGCGUUAGAAAAUUUAGAGCCAAUGCCGAGACAACACGAGGCUGUCAGCUGAUUUUCGGAACGUGUCUAUUAUCAAUAGUAACCUGUAGUCUUUCGAGGACGCUUCCCGUUUCUAUCUUUGGUACUGCCGUCCGGGCGAAUAGUUAUAUAUUAAUUGUGAUAUGCAGUGAAACGAAGUAACCAAAGAAAGUGCAUCGAAUUCAUUCGUGGAACGUGACACAAAAAGAAAAACGGAAGAUGAGUUCGAAGAUCAACGCGAAAUCAGUACACAAUACCAAAGAUACCAAUGGUGAAACUUCUACAAGAAGAGCGGUAUUAACCGUUGGACUCAUCUUCGUAGCCUCACUGAUUGCAUUGUUUUAUGUAUAUAUGAGUUUUCCAGAGUUGGAAGAAGAUGAAAAACGGCAUAUGAAAUUACCGUUUCACAUAGAAGAUGCCAAGAAUCUAGGAAAAUUGCUGGAAAGGUACAAGGAUCUGUAUUAUUUUCAAGUGCUAGCUGGGCUCUUCGUCACUUACAUCUUUCUACAAACGUUCGCCAUUCCCGGCUCCAUUUUUCUCUCGAUUCUGUCGGGAUUUUUAUUCCGCUUUCCGAUCGCGUUGCUACUAGUGUGCACAUGCAGCGCGAUCGGCGCCACUCUAUGCUACCUGUUGUCCUCAUUGUUGGGCAGGCGGCUGCUGUAUCGAUAUUUCCCAGAGAAGGCGAAUGAGUGGACCGUCACCGUAGUCAAGCAUCGCGACAAUCUGCUAUACUACAUGCUGUUCCUCAGGAUGACGCCACUACUGCCAAACUGGUUCAUCAAUCUUGCCAGUCCGGUAAUCGGCGUGCCGAUGAUGCCGUUUACCAUCGGCACCUUCCUCGGUGUUGCACCGCCUUCUAUCGUCGCUAUACAGGCGGGUCAAACAUUGCACAAGCUCACCUCGUCGAGCGACGCGUGGUCGUGGAAUAGCAUAAUCACACUGUGUGUGCUUGCGCUGCUCUCUCUGUUACCUGUACUAUAUAAGCAAAAGCUCAAGCAGAAGUUCGAGUAAAACACUGAAAUAUUUGAUCGACGAUACUUUUCACGGUGACAUUCCGAUAUUACGCGAGAAGGAAGAAAUCUCCGUUUUUACGGAACAAAAUACUUUGAAGAAUGAUGAUUUACUUAGGAAAUUUGUAAAAGUUGUGCGAGACCCAAAUAGUGUUAAGAGAGCUGAAAGCGGUCAAUUGCGGAAUUCGUUUUCCCGCGCUGUUGCUAUGAAAUUAUCUGCAUUUAGUCACGUGGAUUAUACGUGCGAGAUAAUAUGGUGCGAGUUUCCACGAGCACAAUUUACGCAUAACUUAUUUAUUGUUAUUGUAAUUUAUGUUACUGCGCGUUAUUUUCUCAGUUUAGAUUAUACGGAUAUCGUUUAAAUAUGUAAACUACAAGCGAAGAAAUCCGCAGCUAUUAUGAUUGUUACACAAAUACGCCUACAUUUUAGACAAUAUCACGCCCAGGACAUGAUCUCAGGUAAUUCUAGAUUGACGGGUUGUUGAGUUUUAUUUUUUAUUUCACGCAUCGUUGCAUUAUAACAAAGAAAUAAUACUGUUCUUUAAAAAUCUAAAUGUGUAAAAGAUCGUAUAUUGUCAACAUUGCGCGCGAAUAUGUACAUAAAUAUAUAUAUAUAAAUAUAAAUAUAUACACACACACACACACAGAGUAUUCCAAAUUAACCACAUCACUCGUUAAUAGCAGAUGCUGGGAUCAUUGAAAGACGAAAAUUUUUAUACAAAAAUGUCGAGGCUAUAAAAAUUUUUAAAUGAGAAAUGUUUGAAGUCAGCAGACCAAAUUGUCAAAAAUUUACGCGCUCAAAUACAUUGCAUAUUGAUUUUGAUAUCUUUAGCAUAUAAGAAAUCUCAGUAAUCUACUAUUAACGGAUGACAAUUAAUCCGAGACACCUUGUACAAUAUUUGCAAAUUUAUUUUCUUAAUGAUAUUAAAGUAAAACAAAUUGUA